UAAAAUGGACAUAACAUUGCUGUUUACUUAACUCGUCAAUGAUAAAAAAUCAGAAAUACGGGAACGUUACGAAAACGCAUCAAUACGUGCACGAGACAUUACGUAUUGCUCUACAAACGCUUCGCUAAUGAUGCAUUGACGAACUGAAUAGAACAAUGUAGUGUUGUACAAUGCACAGAGGUUAUGUUUUUUUAACCAAAUAACUUCAUGCAAACAGGUGCAUACCUAUUCAAAGGACGCUCAGACUGACGACCACCUUUACAAAUGAACAGCUUGACUCUUUGGAAGAUAGCAUGUUCACAAAACGCAUAGUUUUCUUGCUAAAAUAAGAGGCUAGCGGUUGAAGGUUUAAGUUAAAACGUUUUSGAGAAUGUCUGGAAGUCUUCGUAUUACAGAGCUUAGGGCAAGUGACCUUCUUGGGGUGAAUAAAAGCGGGACGAGUGAUCCUAUUACAAUUGUAAGCGUUCAAGGAGUGAAGAAGAAGACUGAAGUGAUCAAAGACGAGUUGAAUCCAGUCUGGAACCAGAAACUGGAAUGGGAUUUACAAAGCCAAACUUUGUCCGCGGAAGAAGCGAUACAGAUCUUGGUCAAAGAUUGGGAACGCGUUGGACGGAACAGGUUGCUUGGUCAGGCAACGAUUCCACUUAAAGAUCUUGUCAAGGACAAAAGUCAUACUAUGCAAGCAGAAGUCAACUUAUUGGACAGCAAUAAUCGUAUGACACAGUCCAAGAUCUCUCUCAAGAUGGAGUAUGUGCCACAUUUCCAAAAGGAAGGCGACGGGGAAAUAACAGUUGAAGGAAUUGACGAAAUYGAGGGCUUAGAGAACAGUGAGGAUGAAGUCGAGGGUGGUGGUGCCGAGGGAGUGUCAGAAGGAUUUAGAAAAAGAAGAAAGAAAAGAAGAACUCAAAGACAUAAAUUAUCAAACAAACCACAAGAUUUCCAGGUCCGAGUACGAAUCAUAGAAGGGCGGCAGUUAUCUGGACAGAAUAUCAGUCCAGUAAUUCGUGUCAAUGUUGCCAGUCAAAGCCGACAAACCAAAGUCAAGACUUCAACCAAUAAACCCUUUUAUGAUGAGACUUUUUUUUUCAACUUUAACAUGGCUCCACUUGAACUAUUUGAUGAAAUUAUAAGUUUUGAGGUCUUUAAUUCUCGUAAACUUAGAGCGAACGCCAUGAUUGGCUACUUCAAGUGUGAUAUUGGAUUUUUCUACGAUGAAGAAGGUCACGCUGCGAUCAGAAAAUGGGUCUUGCUUACAGAUCCAGAUGAUAAGAUGGCGGGAGUGAAGGGUUAUAUCAAAGUGACCGUGAUGGUACUGGGUCCUGGUGACGAGGCUCCGACAACUUCAUCGGGCCCUUCAGAGGAUGACAGCGAUGACAUUGAAACGAAUCUUCUGCAGCCYUCGGGCGUCAUGUUAAGACCAGCGGUGUUCUCUCUGAAAGUCUACAGAGCAGAGGAUAUCCCACAGAUGGAUUCUGGUAUAUUUGAGGGAGUCAAAAGGGUUCURCAUCUUGGCGAGGARCAAAAGGAACUGGUUGAUCCAUAUUUGGUUUUCUCCUUUGCUGGUAAAAAGGCUAGAACACGAAUUCACUACAACUCCGAUCACCCUGAGUUUAACCAAGAGCUUAACGUCCAAUUCAAAUUUCCCUCGAUGUGCGAAAGAUUAAAGCUUCAAAUGUUUGAUUGGGACAGACUGACUGCGGACGACUGUAUUGGAACAGGUUUUCUGCCCAUGUCAGCCAUAUCAGGACAAGGAGAUGAAGGUUUUCUACCCAUGUCAGCCAUAUCAGGGCAAGGAGAUGAAGGUUUUCUACCCAUGUUUGGUCCUUGUUUUAUCAACUUUUAUGGAUCAACACGAGAAUAUUCCGACCUCCCAGACGAGUACGAUGAUUUAAACAUUGGCAUCGGCGAGGGCGUGGCAUACAGAGGAAGGGUGCUCGUYGAACUAGAGACAAAGCUUGGUGUAACACCACAAGAAACAACCGAYGAUUUACAGAGCCAUGAGAUUAUAAGCGUUCAGCCUUACCUCCGUCGUCGUAAGUACAAACUCUUUGCGUGUUUUCUGGAGGCGACCAUGGUGUCGUGCAUCGAUGGACCCGUUGAGUUUGAAGUUAGCAUCGGUAACUAUGGUAACAAACUUGACCUAUCAGUACCCCCGUCUUCUUCAACUACUCCUCCAACUAACGCAGUGUAUGAUGGGUGUUAUUACUACUAUCUACCAUGGGGUGAUACCAAGCCUUGUGUUGGGAUUGAUAGCCACUGGGAAGACAUUGGAUUUAGACUUGGUACCAAGAAYAUCUUACUGAGAAUGUGCGAGAGACUGGAAAACUCGAUCGACAAAGUUAAUCUGUCCCUUGAAGCCAACGCACAGCCAGCGGAAACAGCAACGCUGUUGAUAACUCUAUUAGAUGAGCUUAUUGCCGAUUGCAGGAAGCCGCUGCCUAAAGUAGACCAACAAAUGCCGGGUGUCAAUGACCUGGAUYUACAACAACAAGAAAUAAGAAUGAUGGAGAAGCUCUCGAUAAUGGAGGAAGCCUCUAAACUACGAGAAAACGCAACAGAUGUAGAAGAAGCUCUGGUUGAAAUCGAAGGCUAUUUGCAACGACUACGGGACCUUACAAUUGAGCCUCAGAACAGCAUGCCUGAUGUCAUCAUAUGGAUGAUCAGUGGGACCAAGAGGAUUGCAUACUACAGGCUGCCUGCCUAUGACGUUUUGUUCGAGCCUUAUARCGAGGCUUGUGGGGAAAAUUGCGGAAAAAUACAAAAUAUCUUCAUGAAGUAUCCGGGUAAAAAGCAGCAAAAUAUCGAAGACUUCCCAGAAGUCCCUGCGCACGUUMGACUGAUGGUUUGGCUUGGACUAGAGAAGCACCAAGAAGACUGGACCAACCGAGAACAAACUGAAGGGGAUUUCUGUGUGUUUGCUGAAACCUACGAAAAUGAGAUGAAUAUUCUUGGCAAUUGGACAGCUAAAGGUCUUCCACGUCCCAACUUCUCAAACGCCAGAGGAGACAUAAGACUACCGAAAGACUGCUUUGUAGCACCUCAGGGCUGGAGAUUCGAGGGAGACUGGUUYGUCAACCCAGAACUCAGCUUGUCGUACGAUAAAGACAGYGGCCACAAGAAUUUCCUUGAGGACGUAUUCGAGAAUGAAUCGAGGUUACCGGGCGGGACCUGGGGACCAGCUUCUGUKCAGUGGACAGAUGUGCGRGGKGAUUUGACUAUUGGUCGCGAUGAAAUCAAGUGCGAUGAAGACUGGGAGUGGACUUCAGACUGGCAAGUUGAUCUGAACAGAGCCGURGAUGAGAAUGGUUAUGAGUACACWGUAGARUCAACUAUGGGAGGAUAUGGACCCGUGGAGAARACAUAUCACUUGUGUAGAAGACGACGCUGGGUGCGCAGUAGAAGACUGAUCGUCGAAUUGCAAAUCGAAGAAGACGAGAUUCGAGAUGAGCAGCUUGCUCUAGAAGGKUGGGAAUACGCUCCAAUGUUCUCCAUGAAAUUCCACGCUAAAGAACGCAAGAUGGAUUUGGUUCGUAGACGUCGCUGGCAUCGACGAAUGAAGCAAGAGGACCCAAGUGCCCCCGCGGUCUUCCACAUUGAUGUUGGUGGCGGAGAGGACACUGAGAAAGAGACAAUGAUGAACGCACCGCGCAUGUUCAUUACAUUCGACAAUCCUCAUAAAUACCAACURCGUGCGUACAUGUACCAGGCACGUGAUCUGCUGGCUUCAGAUCCUGAUGGUGUUUCAGAUCCAUACGCUAGAAUCAUCUUCGAGACACAGAGUCAAGUAACYGAGACAUUGACGCGCACACUUUGUCCAACAUGGGACCAGACUUUGAUCUUUGAGAACAUUCUGCUGUAUGGAAAUAUCGAGCAGAUCGUGGAAGACCCACCUACCGUUAUCAUAGAACUCUUUGAUAAAGAUCCUGUGGGYAAAGAUGAGUUUAUGGGACGUUGUACGAUGAUACCGCUGGUCAAGGUGAAUGGCCAAGGUCCACCUGCUCCAAGACUAUUGUGGUAUGACGUCGAGCGUGGUAACGAAUAUGGUGGUGAAGUGCUGGCGGCUUUUGAACUAUUCCUGGAUGAGGGCGCAGAUCUGCCUUUUGCUCCUCCAAUGAAAGGCAACUUGUUYUUGGUUCCCAACGGKAUUAGACCAGUCAUGCAAAGAACAGCGAUUGAGAUUUUGUGCUGGGGUGUCAGGAACAUGAAGAAAUUCCAGCUUGCUAACGUUUCAUCUCCCUCCAUCGAAUUUGAAUGUGGCGGUCACGUGAUUAACUCCACUACCAUUAAGAAUACACAGAAAAACCCGAACUUUCACCAACCGCUUUUUUUCUUUGAUGUGUAUCUUCCUAAAGAAGAGCUCUACACACCACCAAUGAAUAUCAAAGUACGCGAUAACCGAUCGUUUGGACGCAAACCAGUCGUUGGUAUUCACGCUAUGAAGUCUCUACAGAAAUUCCGCUGUGAACCUGGCAGCUACGACGAUCCUCCUGAAUCACCUUCGUUAAAGAAGUCGCCAAGUCGAGCCUCUUCUCAUAUAAUGGACAUCAAAGAAGAGAAAAAGAAGAAAACUGAAGAGSUAGUAGAGGAAGACAUAGACUGGUGGUCAAAGUUUUAUGCGUCUAUUGGCGAUAUGGACAAAGCUGGUCAGUACCUUGAGAAAGGCUACGAUAAAAUCAUGGUUUACCCCAAAGAACUUGAAAAUAUUGACCCAUUUGACGGCUUUCAAGACUUCAUGGAGACCUUUCACAUCCAUCGUGGGAAAGCAACCAGUAAAGCAGACGAAGAAGAGACAAUAGUUGGAGAGUUUAAGGGAACGUUUCGUGUAUAUCCAUUACCGAGUGACCCAAAUCUCCCUUUACCACCUCGACUACUGUCUAAUCUACCACCAAGUGAACCUGUUGAAUGUACAGUUCGGGUUUAUGUUGUACGGGCGAUAGAUCUAAUGCCUCAAGACGCCAAUGGUUUGGCUGAUCCAUAUGUAAUAGUAUCACUUGGUAAAACUGUGAUGAAGGACCGUGAUAACUACUGUCCUAAUAGCCUUAACCCUAUAUUUGGAAAGAUGUUCGAGAUAAACGCUACCAUACCGAUAACCAAGGACUUGAAGAUCGCUGUCAUGGAUUACGAUCUUGUUACUCGUGAUGACUUAAUAGGAGARACCAUCGUAGACCUCGAGAAUCGCUUCUUGUCUCGAUUUCGCGCAAAUUGUGGCAUUCCACAGACAUACUGCACGUCAGGGCCAAACCAGUGGCGGGAUUCCCAAACACCAAGACAAAUUCUUGAAUUGUGGUGCUCGUCUCAAGGAAAAAACAAACCGCAGUACAUUGGAAACACACAAAUAGUUGUAGAAGAUGUGGUGUAUUUACUGCAAGAAUUCGAGGAAGGAAUGACCCACCAUCAGCACCUCGGGCCACCUGACCAGCGGUUAGCUUUACACGUUCUCAAUACUCUACCAGUUGUUCCAGAGCACGUGGAGACGAGAUCGUUGUACAACACACUACAGCCCAAUAUAGAGCAGGGAAAACUACAAAUGUGGGUUGAUGUCUUUCCAAAGCAUCUCGGGACGCCAAGCUUGCCMUUCAACAUAUCACGGCGUAGACCCAGCGAGUAUGAGCUGCGUGUCAUAGUAUGGAAUACCAGUGACGUCAUCUUAGAGGAAACGUCAAUCACUGGCGAGAAAAUGAGUGACAUCUACGUCAAAGGGUGGAUGGCUGGAGCCGAUGAGCCKCAGAAAACCGAUGUUCACUACAGAUCUCUUGACGGAGACGGAAACUUCAACUGGAGGUUCAUCUUUCCGUUCAUGUAYCUUCCGGCUGAAAAGAUUAUGGUCGUACGAAAGAAGGAGCAUUUCUGGAGUCUUGACGAGACAGAAGAACGCGUGCCACCAAGCCUUAUCAUCCAAAUUUGGGAUAAUGAUCAAUUUUCUCCMGAUGACUUUCUAGGUCAACUUGAGCUGAACCUAAACCGMAUGCCAAAGCCCGCGAAAAGUGCGCGUAAGUGUGGUCUUCASCAGUUGCCUCGCUUUGAGGAUACCAAAGCGAGUAGUACUCUCGAAGUGGUCUCGCUGUUCGAACAGAAACGAGUUUAUGGCUGGUGGCCGUGUGUUGCAGAGGAAAGCAUAUCAGAGGACAUGCAACUGACGGGUAAAGUUGAAAUGGCUCUUGAGCUUCUGACAGCCGAUGAAGCAACAACAAAACCAGCAGGGCGAGGACGAGAAGAUCCAAAUCAAAAUCCUACACUCGAAGAACCCAAUCGUCCCGCUACAUCGUUCCGUUGGUUUACGUCUCCGUUUAAAACCAUACGUUACAUCAUAUGGCGUAAUUAUAAAUGGUGGAUAUUGUUAUUACUGGUCACGUUAUUAUUGGUGGCUGCGGUGUUGGUCUUCCUGUACGCAAUGCCGGGCUACUCGGUCAAGAAGAUGUUCAAAGUGUAAAGUUCAGUCGUUCAUGGAAUAUUUCUAAUAAUGACAAAAAAUAAUCACGUAAUAUAUAGAGAAAUAUAUUUAUGGAACUUAUCGAAAAAAAUAUAUUGAAAUACUGAAGUAAUUAACAGUUAGAUAUGCUCUCUUGUAGGGGGGGAUUCUAAGUUAGGUGGUAUUGAAUGCUUGUGGAGUAGCGUUAGUCGCGUGAUUUCUAGUGAUUAGACCUCUUGCUUUGAAAUAUAAACUAUUAUGCUAAAGUAAGGAGGCAAAAGACAACGACGCAUUGUUAUAUUUUGGACUUCAAUUUAUGGAAACUAUAAACAGUGAAAAAACAACCCUCCCUCCCCCCUUCAGUAGUCAGGGUUUUUUUCACACUCACUGGAGUUAGCCAUAUUUUACUUAAAGUUUAAGGUUUACCCACAAUUCUUUGCAAAUGCACGACCACAAUGCAUUGCAAUGCUGAAACUCGCAGGGUGAGUUCUUUGUAGAUAUUUGGUGUCGCAUUGAUGAGGGAAAAUCCUCUUUAUACAAACAGAAUAUGUAGGGCUUUGAAAUCUUUAUUGUUAUCAGAUAUUAUACAAUGUAAACGUAAUCGAAAAAACGUAGUCGGGUCCAAAAGGUUACGUCAUUAUAGCUAAGGCAGAAGGGCCACCAUGAGUAAGAAUAUAUUAGRACAGUAGAACAGUGUUUUAGAGUGUCAAACGAUUGCCCGUCAAAAAAUGAAUACAACAGCCUUCUUUUCGAGUAAUGCUUCAAUGUAAUGUUUAGGCAAAUAUGAUUUGAAUUUUUUCGUACUUAAAAUCCCCUUCGUUAUGAGCUACGAUGAAAUAAUCUUUUUUGUGAUACGACAACGUUUUUCCAUUGUGGUGCAUGUUUAUUUACAUAUAUACAACUAAAUGAAGCUUAAAAUUAAGUCACUAUGACCGUCAAAUUAAUAUUGGACAUGGCAACAUUUUCGCUUUAUAUGCCUAGUGACGUUGACGAGACGCCAUCAUGCUUUACUGUAACUAUUAUAGCAAGGUAUGUCGGGAACGAUUGGGAAUUUCUCAUUUAAGUUAAAUUAUUGAGUACUGAGAUCAGUUAUGUUAGGGUUGUACAGCAAUAGAAUUAAUUUCUCGCAAUACACAAUUUGUGAUUGGUCACAUUUGGUGGAAUACUAACAUUUUUGUUUGGGAAUUUUUUUGUUUGUAAACUGAAUUAUUUUUUGGUUUGUCAGAGUGUGUGAGAGAAUUAUCAAAAUAAAUCAUAAAUACAGCUGGAAA